AUGCCUGCCCAAACAAUCCAGCAGCAGCCCUUCGUCUCGAGCAUUCGAACGGUCUGCAAGCAAGCUUCGCUGGUAUCGAAGAAGUCGCUGAAGAAGCUCAGGAAGCUCUUCAAUCGUCCACAGAAAGAAGUCGACUCAACCGACAACGACGUACCCUUUUCAUAUCUGCCGCCUCCGUCAAGAGGCACUGUGCGCUCAUUCCUCGACCCAGCUACUACAGAUCCUCGUAUUCGUCGCCAAACGUUCGCAAUUCACGAAGCAACCCUUGCUGCCCUCGAACAGCCAUCUUCCGGUCCAGUGAGGCACUCGGUAAGAUUCUCCCAUCCAGCAGUUGGAGCUGUACUUCCAGCUAUGCCUUCACCUGCCACCGCAAUCGUCGAGGAGUACUCUCCUGUCGAACAUUACCGCUUCCAUGGCGGUGCCGAGUCACCGAGGACCGAGGACUUCCCUCAGCAAGUCAACCCAUCCUCGGUCUACCGUACACGCGCAGCGAGGACAUCGUACGCUGAGACGGUCGCAGCUCUGGAUGGCGUGCGCGGCUUCUCUGCGAUGAUCACGCAGCCUCCGGAUACCACUAAGUAUCAUUACGGAGGACCCACAAAGGACGGUAGGCCUCCGACUCUCCCAUGUCUUCCGUAUCUGGACCCACAGAUCCCGGCUUCAGCAUUUGACGACCCGCCAGAGGAUGAAAGCCUGACAGUCGAGGAGAUCCGACAAGCAGCGCUUGAUAAACUCAAUGCCAUCGCGGAACCUGCGCCUCUGCCGGAUGUCAAGGCCGCGCAUCCGACUAGUCUGCAUCCUGGCCCACUUGUCUUCAAGUCCCGCCCCAAGACAACCGAGAAAGAACCUGGGCGCAAGUCCUACCAGCCCUUCAACGCUUCCCAACCCAGCCAGGACCUAGAUGAUGAACUUUUAGACCUCUACGCAUCUCUCAGUCCUGGUCCACUGCCCAGCUUCCCCUCCACCAAGAAGGAAAAGCGCGGGACUCGCAUGUACGAACAACACCAAUCCCUCCGCUUCUCUCCCAACCCGGCACCGAGCGAGAUAUACACUUUCCGCUCCGAAACCCCCGACUUUCCUUCUCCAACGUCCCAGACGAAUCGCAAGUCCAUGCUUCAGAAGCAAUACCAAGAUUUGCUUUACACUCCGCAGCGCCCCUUCUCUCCGACUUCCGUCUACUCCACCACGCCAUCGGGUCGAGGUCCCAUACCAGACACGCCAGGCUACGGAUAUCCUGGUCUUCCGACUCUUCGGUACACGGUUGCGAGGAAGGGAAUGCGUCAACCACCUCCGAGGCCGAAGAAUCCCAGUCCGCCACCAACUCCAUCCGAGCGCUCCCAGUCCGUGAGUGAGUUCUUGUUCCAGGCUCAGCCGGCACCACUCGCCCCCAAAGCACGACCAGCGCCCCAGAGCAACCUGACUAGUCCUCCUGGUCUCACGUACUCCAGUUCCAAGACGACCACGACCACGACGAGCUCAAAUCCCGCCGCCAUCGCGGCAGCAAAAGCUCUCUAUCGACCUGCGCCUUCCGCUCCGACUACAAAGCGCAAGGAGUUGAACAUCCACGAGAUUGCGGGAAUCAAGACUGGACGCUCAACGCGGGCCGGCGCUGAAGUCGGAUUGCCUGCUGCGGCGGUGAAGAUUCAGGGCGAUGAUGAGAAGGGCAAGGGAAAGAAGAGUGGUGGGUUUAGGGCGAAUAUUCGGAAGGCUAUUCUCAAGGACUACGAGUUCUACAAGAACCUUGAGUAG